AUGUCAUUUUUAUGUGGGUCAGCUUCAACAUCAAAUAAACCGGUCGAGAGAAAGAUCGUUAUUCUAGGUGAUGGUGCCUGUGGUAAAACUUCGUUGUUAAAUGUUUUCACUAGAGGGUACUUUCCCGAAGUGUACGAACCCACUGUUUUUGAAAACUAUAUCCAUGAUAUUUUUGUCGACAGCAAACACAUCACGCUAUCAUUGUGGGAUACUGCGGGUCAAGAAGAAUUCGAUAGGUUGCGAUCCUUAUCCUAUUCAGAUACACAGUGUAUAAUGUUAUGUUUCAGUAUCGAUUCACGCGAUUCUUUAGAGAACGUUCAAAAUAAGUGGGUGGGUGAAAUCACCGAUCAUUGUGAAGGCGUCAAGUUAGUUUUAGUUGCACUAAAAUGCGACCUAAGAAACAAUGAAAAUGAAUCGAACGCUAUUACACCGAACAAUAUUCAACAAGAUAACAGUGUUUCCAACAAUAAUGGUAAUAACGUAAAUAGCACCUCCAAUACGAAAAAUCUAAUAAGCUAUGAAGAGGGCCUGGCAAUGGCUAAAAAGAUUGGAGCGCUGCGUUAUUUAGAAUGUAGUGCUAAACUAAAUAAAGGUGUCAACGAGGCGUUCACAGAAGCUGCAAGAGUUGCUUUAACCGCUGGCCCAGUAGCCACUGAAGUGAAAAGCGACAGUGGAUCUAGCUGUACGAUUAUGUAA